UUGCGUCAGUAAAUUUGCCUUUAAUGCAAAUGUAUGUAUUUAUGUCAUAAAAACAGAUGGCAUACAUCUUGCUGUACCUUUUACACCAAAUGCUCAAACCGGCUAUCCAUGGCAACAGCAGUAUACUGGAGAGCGCGUAGAUGUCGCAGGCCGAGUUUGAGUCUAUAUAACUUAAGCAUUCACCGGAGAAAAUUAACAUUAAUGCUCGCCACUAAGGUCGAUGUCAUCAUCCAUAACCGAAAGUCAACUUACUUGGUCCUGGCGUUCAAAUGAGCUAUCACUGAGAAGGACAAUCGAUUGAUUGAGGUGAUGCCGCAUAGGAGUGGUCGAGUUUAAACCGUUUAUAUCUGGCGAUUACGAUUAUGAAAAAGUGGGAGAAUACGACUUAAGAAAGUAAAAUGGUGUAGAAAUGGACUCAAGGUGGAAAUGAACGGAAUGGAGUUGGGGAAGGGUGGAAUGUAGAACGACAUUCAUGUCCUUCUCGAUGGACUGGAGGUUUUGAUUAAUAUUUGAAUGUCCGUUGCCGUCAAGAUUUUGCUGGGCCUGAUAGCAGUUAAGAAACUUUUAAUGCGUAAUGGGACGGGCUCAGCGAGAGACAUAGCGCGUGAGGGACAUUAGGAUUGAAAUGUAAAGAGAUUGCCUAUUCAACCAUUACAGUCAAUUUUUUUAUAAGCGUCAAGUGCUGAUGCUUAUAGCUUACAUCGUUAACUACAGUCAAUAUUUUAUAAGCGCUAAGUGCUGAUGCUUAUGGUUUACAC